ACGGUCGCUGCCCAUCUAUGUGCAUCGCUUAAAUGAUUUUUAGAGCAGCAUGGAAGAGUCGUGAGCUUGCCACCUCCUCAAAAAACUUUGUUCUCGGGACUACAUUACUUCCUGGAGUGGCCGGGGUGAACAUGCAAGGAGAUGUAAAGUUUCCCAACGACAAACGAGCGAUAUUUCCAAGCGAUCAUUAGCUGAUCACCGCCGAACAGGACCGUCGGCCCUUCCGACAUAAUUAAUGCUUACCAUCUCUCCUCACUCAGAAUGGAGCAAGCCGCCGCUCACGACAUUCUCCGGCAACAUUCUUUUGCUCUCAUAUGCUUCAUCAAACAACUGCUGGGAACCGUUGUCGAGCCGCGGUGCCUUUGUGCCGUUCCUGACUUGGCCGCCAAUCUGGUGAAAAGCCGCCCUUGCGAGCUUUCGUUCUCCACAAUCCCUACCGUGACCCACCCAUACCCUGACGCGCUCGUGAUAAUCCUUCGCGGCGGUGUAAAUACGCUGCCCUCCGCCCAUAUACGUCCCCCUCAUACCUAUAAACUGGACACCGUGGCCCUUCUCCGACCCUCUCACGCGGACGCGGCCGGUCUUCUCAGUGAUCACCGGUCCGUGGGCGCCAUAGUCUUUGAUAGCAAUCAGCCCCUGCCCCUGCAGGCGAGCACCAAGGUGCCUGUGCGCACCAUUCGAGAUUCCCUCGAACACGGCCGUCGUUUUCUCCAAGCGCGUGCUGGCCAGCUGACGUCGGAGUUGGAAGAUGGGACGCAGCUGGAGGAGAACUUUUCACAAUUGCUGAUCCUCGAAGCCACGAAUGACAGACAGCUUGUCAAGAUACAACUUCCCCAGGUACCUUCCCCCUGGAACUUCUUUCAAGGUCUUCCACGGGGCACGACUGAAACGUUUCCAUGUGACGUGGAUACCACGUCUUUGGGCUUGACAACAUUGCCUUACGAACGUCCCCUCGUUAACUCGAUUCUGGAUAGCAUAUUGGCGUUUAGGAGUCGAGAUGGCAUAGUCCAGACCUACCUUGACCAUAGACGCUCUCGGAUUGACCCUGUGGUGUGCGUGAAUGCACUGACCCUUUUCUACACAUAUGGUCGCGGCCACGAGCUGAAAGCCACGUUAAACUGGGUUUACACUGUCCUCCUCAAUCGCAGCUAUCUAUCCGGUACGCGAUAUUACGUCUCGGCAGAGUGCUUCCUUUUCUUCCUCUCUCGGCUCCUCAAACGUGCAGACGAUCCCGACCUGUGGGCACGCUUUGGCCCCUUGCUGGGCGAUCGAAUUGUGGAGCGCUCCGGAGCGGGAGGAGACCCGCUUGCGAUCGCAAUGCGCGUGCUGGCUGGCGCAUCGGUCGGGAAACGCAGUGAGACUGACAUCAACGAUCUCUUGGCGAUGCAGAAUGAAGAUGGUGGGUGGCAAGUCGGGUAUAUGUAUAAGUAUGGAUCAUCCGGUGCGCUCAUUGGCAGCAGGGGUCUUGCGACGGCGUUCGCGAUUUCGGCGUUGUCUACGUCUAGGAAGCAGACGUCGAGUGCCGGCCAAGUGGUGUUCUAGCAAGACGGACUCAUUUCUUUCAGGGUUUCCGGUUCACGCUUGUAUACCUUGGUCCCUAUUUAUUGACAAUGAUAUUUAUGCCGUAGACUAAUUAUUAUCAAAAUCUCAGUAUUUAGCGACG